AUGCAAAACCCAAACGAAAGAAAUGGAAUUGACAAGGUAUGGCAACUGUUGCUGAAACAUUUACGACCAGAUGAUCCAGCGCUUAGUCAUCCCCAGCGACGACCCAGACGAACGAGAGGCGCGGGUGUGGCUGAACGACACGCUAAAUCGACGAAGAGUCAAUUUGACUAUGAUCAGUCGUUGUACUCUGUUGCCAGAGGUUCCAAUAAUGUUAUUCGUCGAUGCCGCGAAGGACUGCAGACGAUUCCGGGAGCAAUGGACUUACUGAAUAGGAUGGUGGAUUUCGAUCCUGCAAAGCGUCCCACACUCAAGCAAGUGAUGUAUCACCCAAUAUUUUCCAGUUUUCGGGUGUCGCCUUCCAAGGAAAAAGAAACGCCACCAGACUAUGUUGUUAGUUACUAUAGCAGUCUGUAUCGAAGGGGCCAAGCAAUUCCGGACAUUUAG